AUGACCCAGCCGUGGGGCCCCCAAAUGCUGGCUGGCGGGCAGCCGCAGGAGAGCCAUGAGGACAGCACCCAGGCGAGCAUCUUUACCUACACCAACAGCAACUCCACCAGAGGCCCCUUCGAAGGCCCGAAUUACCACAUUGCUCCCCGGUGGGUGUACCAUCUCACCAGUGCCUGGAUGAUCCUCGUGGUCAUUGCAUCUGUCUUCACAAACGGGCUGGUGCUGGUAGCCACCAUGAGGUUCAAGAAGCUGCGUCACCCUCUGAACUGGAUCCUGGUGAACUUGGCAGUGGCUGACCUAGCGGAGACUCUCAUCGCCAGCACCAUCAGUGUGGUGAACCAGUUCUUUGGCUACUUUGUGCUGGGCCACCCUCUGUGUGUUGUGGAGGGCUACACUGUGUCCUUGUGUGGGAUCACGGGGCUCUGGUCCCUGGCCAUCAUUUCCUGGGAGAGGUGGCUGGUGGUCUGCAAGCCCUUUGGCAACGUGAGAUUCGAUGCCAAGCUGGCCAUCGCAGGCAUCACCUUCUCCUGGAUCUGGGCUGCUGUGUGGACGGCCCCUCCCAUCUUCGGUUGGAGCAGGUACUGGCCCUACGGCCUGAAGACCUCAUGCGGCCCGGACGUGUUCAGCGGCACCUCGUACCCCGGCGUGCAGUCCUACAUGAUGGUGCUCAUGGUCACAUGCUGCAUCAUCCCACUCAGCGUCAUCGUGCUGUGCUACCUGCAAGUGUGGAUGGCCAUCCGCACGGUGGCUAAGCAACAGAAAGAAUCUGAGUCCACCCAGAAGGCUGAGAAGGAGGUGACCCGCAUGGUGGUGGUGAUGGUCUGUGCAUACUGCCUCUGCUGGGGCCCCUACGCCUUCUUCGCAUGCUUUGCUACUGCCCACCCUGGCUACUCUUUCCACCCUCUGGUGGCUGCCAUACCAUCCUACUUUGCCAAAAGUGCCACCAUCUACAACCCCAUUAUCUACGUCUUCAUGAAUCGGCAGUUUCGAAACUGCAUCUUGCAACUCUUUGGAAAGAAGGUCGAGGAUAGCUCUGAGCUCUCCAGCGCCUCCAGAACAGAGGCGUCAUCUGUCUCUUCAGUGUCACCUGCGUGA